AUAAGUAUUAAAAAUAAAUAAAUAAAUAAAAAUAAAAAAUCACAAUAUAAAUAUUCCUCCGCUGCUUUCUUCCCUCCCAUUCUCCAUUCUCUCUCCUCCUUCAAAAUAUCCAUCUUUCCCUCUCUCUCUCUCUCUCUCUCUCUCUCUCUCUCUCUCUCUGAUUUACAAAACCAUAGAAAACAGAGAUCUUCCUCAUCUACAGAGAAAUCAGGUUUUGCCUGAAAUUUGUCUAACAAGUUAGAUAAACUAUAAAGAACGAUAGAAUGAGGCGGUGGCUCUGUUGUAUUCGUCAACCUGAAAACUCUUACAUACUCACCGACAAUGAAAUUGAGAAAAGCCCUUGGGGCCAUGGUGAUGGUAGCGAAAGAGGCUCAAAGCUGUUUAGUGAACCAAACACAGCACCACCAAUUGAAGUACCUGAACUAUCUUUAGAGGAACUAAUAGAAAAGACUGACAACUUUUCAUCAACGUCGUUGAUUGGUGAAGGGUCUUAUGGUAGAGUAUAUUAUGCAGCCUUAGACGGUGAAAAAGCUGUGGCAAUAAAAAAGCUUGAUGUUACAGCUGAGCCUGUGUCCAAUGAUGAGUUUUUGACCCAGGUUUCAAAGGUCUCCAGAUUGAAACAUGAAAAUUUUGUUCAGUUGCUGGGUUACUGUGUUGAAGGAAAUGUCCGCGUGCUAUCGCAUGAGUUUGCAACCGUGGGUUCUCUGCAUGACAUUUUGCAUGGUAGGAAAGGAGUUCAAGGUGCACAACCUGGCCCAACCCUUGAUUGGAUGCAGAGAGUGAGAAUUGCUGUUGAUGCAGCAAGGGGAUUGGAGUACCUGCACGAGAAGGUUCAACCUUCUAUAAUACACAGGGACAUAAGAUCAAGCAAUGUGCUCCUGUUUGAGGACUUCAAAGCCAAAAUUGCAGAUUUUAACCUUUCUAAUCAGGCUCCUGACAUGGCUGCCCGUCUUCAUUCUACCAGAGUCUUGGGAACCUUCGGUUAUCAUGCACCAGAGUAUGCCAUGACUGGUCAGUUGACACAGAAAAGUGACGUGUAUAGCUUUGGUGUCGUUCUUCUGGAGCUUCUGACUGGCAGGAAACCUGUGGAUCAUACAAUGCCACGAGGGCAGCAGAGUCUCGUUACUUGGGCAACCCCAAGGCUGAGUGAGGAUAAAGUUAAACAAUGUGUGGAUCCAAAGCUAAAGGGAGAGUAUCCGUCAAAAGGAGCUGCGAAGCUAGCUGCUGUGGCAGCACUAUGCGUGCAAUACGAAUUCGAGUUUCGGCCGAACAUGAGCAUCGUCGUCAAGGCACUCCAACCUCUCCUCAUGCAGAAGCCUUACGCUCCAGCCCCUGCUGUUGCUCCUGAGUCUUAAGACAUGAAAUCAGCACCCCAUUUUUUUUCUCACUUGUAUCAAAAGCCGCUGAUGUGCAUGUCUUGGUUUACAUUGCCAGCAGAUUAGCUGGUUGAUUUAUUAUUCUUUUUAUUUAUUUAAAUUCAAUAUGGGAUUUGGAUGGUCAUCUUACAUUGCA